UAAUGCAAUUUGAGUUGAAUGGCGAUUCAGUCGAGAAUGGAACAUGACUAAAAAGUGAGAUUAUGAACCGGAUUUUUUUUUGUAAGUAAGUGAAGCUGCUCUGGUUAAUAUAAUUUGUAGUCUGAUCUCUUCCUUGUUACUCCCAAGGAUUCAUUUUAAAAAUCUCACCGCGUGAGAUUUUUACACGUUCCGAAAUGAUGGCGUCAGAUGUUUCAACGAGCGUCAAUGAAAGUCAACAUAGUCAGGUUCAAACUAGAUUCAUGAGUGCUGGAAUUGCAAGUGCCUCGACGUCUUCGUCACAGCCUUCAUCGAUACCUUCAGGUCCGCCGACAUCGGGUUCAAAUUUGGGGACAUCUGUAGUGCCUGCCGAUUAUGAGAAAGCGUGGGUCUUAAGCGAAGAGCAGGUUGUGUAUUAUACUCGUCUCUUCACGCGUAUGCAGCCCGAUUUGUUUAGCUUUGUUGACGCAAUUGCUGCCCGUAAUUUUUUCUCACAAUCGCGCCUCGAUACAGGAUCUCUGUCUCUAAUUUGGGAUCUAUCUGACGUCGAUGGAGACGGAGUUUUAUCGCUGGACGAAUUCUGCAUUGCUAUGCAUUUAUCAGUGGGUACCAGACAUGGUCUACAGCUGCCGACUAGUCUUCCAGGAGUGCUGGCACGCGUGGCUGGACAAGUGGUCGGCAUUGCGGCAAUAUUCGCCAAACACACUUCCAUUUCUUCUGCAUCUCAUUCACCACAAUCCGCCUCAUCUGCCACCAGUACUACGCACAAGAGUGAAUUCCAAUCUGGCCAGCCAUCAUCUAUUAGCGGUGAGAGAGGUUUUGGUUUCGGUUUUGAUGACGACUUCGGAUCUCAUUUCACGAUGGCCUCAGGCGAUACUUCGGACCAAUCGGCUGUGAGAAGCGCCACUUCGCACCCCCACGCACCUACCUAUUCUCAAUCGGGUGGGGGCCAGACAUCCUCCCAAAGGGCUGGUCAUGUUCCACGUCCAAAUGUGCCUAACCCGCAGCAACCGAUACUUCCUCCUAGAACCACGACAGCUCAAGAAGGGACUUAUGACUCUGUGUCAGUUUCUCCCAGUAACCCACCACCCUCGCACCCACCCCCUGCUUUAAGAGGGGGUUUCAAACAUACUGUACAAGCGGCAGCAUCUGUGAACAUCGAGGUUGAUGGGCGCGAGUUGCUUAGUAGGAGCAAUACUCAACUGAUUGGAGAACUAAAAGAACUUGUUGUACAUAGAAAUAAGCUAGACCAGCAGAUAGAACAGUUACAAAAUGUCCUGAUUCGUCGUAGAACUAUAACGACAGUCCAAAAUGAUGUAUCGACCAAUGGGCAACAAGCACAGUAUUCUAGUAAUAGAAAAAUCAGCCAACCUGGUAGCCAGGGAAUGGUCGUGGAUUCGAACCCCAACUCAAGCCAGUAUUUGAGCCAAAAUGUAUAUAUGUCGGGAGCCAGUGGAUCAGAUUUAAAACCAAGGCCACCACCGCCUGUACCAAAUAUUUCGGAUACAGUUCCCAUUGUGCCUUCCUGAUGGAAAGAUAAUGGGAGCGCGUAAAAAACGAUGAACUGAAAUUUGAGGAAGGAGGGAAAAGUUUCACUUUAGAAGCCAUGACAGCCAAUCUAUUUUUAUCACACGCAAUUUAAAAUCUCAUAAUUUAUAAACAAUAUUUGUUAUAAGCAACGUAAUAUAUCACAUAGUUUUGCUAUUUCGUUUCAAUUAAAGCCAUAUUUCAGAAACAUUUUCCUGACUAUUUUUUCGAACUCGCAAAAAUAUAUGCUCAUUUGAUGCCACUGUUAUGUCUGCUAUAUUGAUGCCUAGUGUUUGACGAUUGUCAAGCCACCGUGAC